CUUCGAUUCAUAUAAAAACAAGGUUGUAAGCGUUCACUCACCGAUCCCUCAUCCUUGUUGUUCUAGUAGAAGUACAUAGCGUCCUUCUCUCGGUAGUCAUACUCACAAAACCUUCAAUCUGCAGCGUAACAAUUAAUUAUUCUGCGAAUGUGGCCAGAAUCUAAGGCUUAUGAUUCCCUGUCUCUCCGUUUUUCCGUUAAAACACCGAUUUUUUAAGUGACCUAUCGGCUUGGGAUGUUAUCGUUAGGAAUUGAAGGCCAGCAAUAACUACGAGACCUCAGUGCGCGAAAUAAACAGGUCAAUCAGCCUUUUCUGGUUGGCUGCGUAGGCUCUUUUGCGGUGUGAAACCGCCGGUCAAGUCAGAAGCCCGUGCCACGUGCGCCCCACGAGCGUUUUCCCCGACCGAAUAUUUUACGUGUUGCCUAACUUUUAGACUCGUUCCCAUAGUAGCGUUUCGAAAUUCGACCGAGAUGCUUAGCGGUCAGUGAUCAAGCUUUUACAGUGUUCAUAUUUCUUCCUAAUCGUAACGCCUUCGCCUCGAUUAAUAAGAGAAUCGAUGACACAACCCACUAUAAUUUUGGUCUCGUACGAUAGUUUCCGGUAGGACUACAUGGAGAAAGUUCAUACUCCGAGUUUGAAUUUUAUCGGAAGUAAUGGCAUCAAAGCGAAACACCUUCUCAAUACUUUUGUUACCAAGACAUUCCCGAAUCAUUUCACGAUAGUUACAGGACUUUAUGAGGAAAUCCACGGGAUCGUAGCAAAUACGUUUUUCGAUCCUGUUUUCAACGACACUUUCUACUUAGAUGCCGUGUCAAAGCAUUACUUGAUUCAAAAUGGUGGAACGGAGAACCAGUGUGGAUCACGAAUCAAAAAAGCUUUUAAGAAGAGUGCUGUUGUGUUUUGGCCUGGUUCAGAAGUGAAAAUAGAAGGCCAGUACCCUACACACUAUUUACCCUAUAAUCGGUCACUUUCCUUCGAGAAACGAAUAGAUUAUUUAUGUACAAUGUUAGAGCAGGAUGAUCCUCCAAGCUUUUUGGCCGCUUAUUUUAACGAGCCAGAUCACAGUGGCCAUAAAUUUGGCCCUAAUUCACCAGAGAUUAAAGUGUUAUUCGUAGAAUGGAUAAUGUCACUGGAUAUCUGUUGGAAAGUUUACGAAAUCGAGGAUUGUUGAAUCAGGUAAGAAGAUCUAAGCUUAAAUAACAACCAAAUCAAUCAGUUUACUGUGAAAAGUUCACAUCAGCUGACGACGAUUGUUUCAUCAAUUAAUUAUGGACGCGAUGAUUAAGUUUAUUUAAGCGUGAUCACACUUUCGGUGUGUCAGCCAUCACGGAGCCCUUUCACUCCUUGUUAUUGUGCACUGCUGGCCUGUGUUACAAGCAAAACUAAAUCCCUGGUUAAGUCUGUCUGCAUGUCUGAGCACCGAAAUUCUUGUUCUGGGUCCCCAUGCAGGAUUGGAGUUCAUUGCAUGUGCUAUGAUUGACUCGUAAAGAAGCCAUUGUUGGAUCAGCCAAUCUGGUUGGUAAUUGGUUGGGUUUAGAUUACAUCAGUGAUCCAGGAUACUUUGUGUAUGACUAGAUCACACCCAAUGCCUAGGGUUAUUCACUACUAAAGCCAAUGAUGAUUCUCCAUCAGAUGUCAACACAAUGCCAUAAUGGAAAUUGUUUAGCUAUUUUGGAAUGAUUGAUGUUGAUAUGGUAGAUUUUUUGUUCAGAAUAUUCCAUUCACACUCCCAGUGAUUCUGUUUAAUACCUCUUUGCCUGCAUCUUAAUUUGAUGCAAAAAAAAAUCCCCAAAGACGCAAAAUAAUUUUUGGCAUGCGUCUCAUAUGACACGAAGGUCGAUCGAUUGAUCUAAGGAUGCUUUUGUAGAAUAUCCUGUUUGUGCGAUUUCUGUGGCUGUUCUAAUGUGGCUACUUUUUAACAACGAAUAUUGGUUUGUCUUUGUUGUGGUUUAUAAAAGAAGGUAAACUGCAAUACAGAGUUUUGGAGUCAGAUUAACUGUCUGCAUGGUUACAUAAACUCCCAACUAAGGAUUCUUUGUUUUUUCAACUCAGGGACUCUUUGGUUAUGGCUGGGACUCAUGAAUUUUCACAAGAUGAGUCCCAGGGCCCACAACUAUUUGUAACAAAAUCACUGCACUCCUGGAAAUUUUGCUGAAAAACAUCUUUUAGAGCUAGUUGGGCCAUUUUCUGGGUGCUGUCCUCAAAAAAGGAGCAAAACUAUAUGGGUGCUGUCAGCACUGUGCCACACUUGCUCUCCAACUUUCAUUUUAAAGACUGUUUAAAUCUAGAUGAGUUAUAGUAUAUAAUGGCUACAAUAGUAUGCAUGCUCUGAUUGGCUGCUAAGUAGGCAUUAUUUUCUUGUAAAUUUGGCCGCACAUUACUAGCUGGCUGUCCAAGGCAUAUAAAAUCUGUGCUAAACUUGAUAGUGGAAAUCCUUAUAGCCUGAGUAUUAGGCCUUCCCCCAGAAACGCCUGAUACUCAGGCUAACAUCCUUAUGGACAUCCAUGUAAUAGUCAAUUGACAGCUGUCAAAUAGGGUAUCCACUGACCAGUGUCACAUGACUGUAUCGCCGGGUCAAGUGUACAACUCACUGAAGUGCAGACACGUUUUUUUUUUUUACAGUUAUCCACUGCUGCUGGUUUUAAUUGAUUGCAGGCUCAGGUCCAUAAUGAAAAGGCCUUAUAAUAAAUAACUUAUUGACCUCGUCCAUUUGGUCAUUACAGGAAAAUGUCUGACCUUAGUCUGAGAUUUCCCUGUAAUGACCAACUGAACAAGGUUUAUAAGUGGUAGUUAUUGACUCUGGGGGGAAGUCAGCACUCCAGGAUUAAUUGGGCCUAUUAUUAUGUUGAACUGCAUUCAGCCUCAGGGCUCAAAUUAAACUGACUUCUUCUUAGCCAGAACAGGGCUACUAUAGGUCUCACAGUCGGUAAAAAGCAUGCGGGCAUCUUUCUUUGUAGCGCAUGCAAAUUUUCAAAUUUGAGUGUUUUUGUCAAAGGUGUGUGAUGCUUGUAACAGCCAUUCACUCUGAUGAAGGCCAGUAAAGUUGGUCAAAAUAGGUGAAGGACGAAAAAAACAUACUGUUUUGCUCUUCAUUUGUGGUACUGGAUUUAUUCAAUUAUGAAGAGAAUGUCUUUUAGUAAACGCUUGUGAUAUGUUAUAUAUAUGUUAAGAUGUAGUAACUCUUUGUGUGUCCUAUAAGAUUAUCAUUAGGUAACAACUGAUGGAUCUAAAUAUAUUUCCAUUGUAUUUUUAUGACCCAUUUUAGGUAAACCUGAUUAUCACAAACGACCAUGGCAUGGCAGAUGUCAACAACUUCCGUCUCAUCCAGCUGGAUUUUUACAUUCCAUCAGACUGGUAUACACUCAUCACUGAUCCAAACAGGGAAGACCAUGCUUCUAAUGUGUUUUUUCAUAUUCUACCCAAGAAAGGAAAGUUGAAUGACACUUACCAAAAGCUCAAGACUGUUCCACGUCUAUAUACAUACCUUAAAGAAGAAAUACCUGAAGAGUUUCAUUACAGGCAUAACCGUCGUCUCAUGCCGAUUUUCAUUGUCGCAGAAGAAGGAUGGACCAUUACAAAAAACAAGUCGAGAAUAGACAGUCGUGGUAACCAUGGCUACAGUAACCAAUUCCCUGAUAUGCACCCCUUUUUUCUUGCCCAAGGACCUGCAUUCAAAGAAGGCUUUGUUUCAGAACCAUUUGAAAAUGUGAAUGUAUACUCUCUUAUGUGUCAUUUACUGGGCAUUAAACCAGCGCCAAACAAUGGCUAAUUACAAGCAGUGCAGCAUCUGCUAAAAGAACACAAACACGAUUAUAAAGUGUUGAUUGUAGUCAGUGUAAUUUCUGUUUUAGUUCUUUUGUUAAUGACUUAUGGUAUUGUCUCAUUUCGUGUCAAAAAUCAUUGUAGAAUAAGGCAGUAUGGGCAUAUAUAUGACUUAGGAACAUCAGAAUUGUUUGAUUUGUAGACACUUCCAUGUCGGGUAAAGGGGCUGUGUCACAGUUUUCUACUUCAUUUUGCUAAUAUUGCAAAUAUUAAACGUCCUUACUCAGGAUGGAACUUAGCUUCAAUGACAAAAUUACUGGUAGAUUACAAAAUUACAGCUUUAAGUUGAACUGGAUAUGUCUCCUGGUCAAAAAUAAUUAUUUUGUUACAGACAACAAAACAUUAUUCAACAGAAAAUAAGGCUAAGAAGGUAC